AUGGCUCUCAAUUCGGACAGUGAACAGAAAUCGAACCUGGUCCUCCGCGUAGACCAGGAUUCCGACUCGGUUCUACAGUCUUUAUUCGACACAGUGCUUAAGCCGGACUCUAAGCGACCGCUACAGGUGCCUCUGCGUAUGCGACAGCUUCCAAAGUCAUUCUUUAACCCGCCGUCGACCGGUUCCAAGUCGCCAUCUGUGUCUCACUCGCGAGAAAACUCGGCUGAUUCGGCGUUCGGAUCGUCGUCAGCGACAGGCGCAGCACCGGUGUCUCACUCUAGAGCGCACUCGUCGCCAGCUAGUUUACAACAGACUUAUGCAGCAGGACAACCGACUCAGCCGGCACCUUUACAUCAUCAGCACGCAAAACAGAGGUCUUAUGAUGUUGGCACACAUAUUCCAGAUGAUCUUGGUCCGCUGCCAUCCGGUUGGGAACAAGCUCGCACUCCAGAAGGACAGAUUUAUUAUCUCAAUCACAUAACAAAGACUACGACGUGGGAAGACCCGCGCAAGACCCUUGCGGCGCAGAGCGCCGAGACCCUUCUCACACAGACCGCAGCCCCACAGACUAUAGCCACUGCGACACCGGCAGCAGCGAAGAGUACAAGUAGUAACACGACAACAGACCCGCUGGGGCCGUUGCCUGAAGGUUGGGAGCAGGCGGCCACGCCGGAGGGAGAAAUCUACUUCAUCAAUCACGCCGCUCGAACCACGUCCUGGUUCGAUCCUAGAAUACCGCAACAUUUGCAGCGCACACCAGUGGCGGGAGCAGGCGCCGCGGGCGGCGGCUGGGCGAACGCUUCACUUCAGGCUUGCCAGCAGAAGCUCCGCUUGCAGUCCUUACAACUGGAACGGGAGAGGCUCAAGCAGCGACAGCAGGAGAUUAUGCUCCAGCAAGAGUUAAUGGGCCGGCAAUCGACUUCGAUCGUGUCCUCGCUGGCCAGUAGCGCGGGGACCGUUGCUAACACCGAGCUGCCGUUGGACCCGUUCCUUUCGGGGCUGACUGAUCACCAACGGCAGGAGUCCGCGGACAGCGGGCUCGGGAUGGCUGUGAACCCUUCCUACUCCAUGCCGCACACGCCUGAGGACUUCCUCGCCGGUAUGGACGACCGCAUGGACUGUACAAGCGAAGCCGGUGCUAACCUCGAUCCCACUGAUAUCACGCUCGGUGAUAACAUCGACUCUACAGAUGACCUGGUGCCUUCAUUACAGCUAGGCGAAUUCACCAACGACAUACUACUGGACGACGUACAAUCCCUGAUAAAUUCAACACCGAGCAAGGCCGACAACGUUCUCACUUGGCUGUAG